AAAAUGAAAAGAUGCGAUGCGAGGCAAGAAGUGGGUUUGAAGUGAUAAACCUCAAAUCAAAACCCUAGUGACAUGGUUAUGGCUUCUUCCUCGCCAUCGAAAUCGAAGUUCAGCGUUUAUCAAAACCCUUCUUUCUCCGCAGUUCUCACUUCCAACAGUCUUCAACCUUCCAAUUUCACUUUCCUCUCAAUCCUCUCCUUCUUCUCUGCAUCCGCAUUCGUCUUUCUCGCUAUCAUCUUCAGGGAAAAUGGCUUUAUUCACAUGUUGAGUAUCAAAACUAUCUCCCCUGUCACAGCUUAUUGGCUUGCCAAGACGCUACAAGCUUUGGUGGGUCUCAUCUUCAUUGGAACUCUUUCUGCACUCCUCAAAGUUGUGUUUUUGCGUAGAGCUAGAUAUACUGCAGGAGGUGUAGUUGCUGCUAAGACUGUGCCUAAUUCUAACAAUGUUAAUAAAAAUGAGAAUUUUCUAACCAAACAUCAACUAGAGCUUUUAGGAGUGAAGCCAAAGGUUGAUUUGGCUCAACCUGAAUCAUCAAAAAAGCCCCCCAAGUCUAAACCUCAUUUGCCUUCUUCAGAUUUGCUUGUUCCCCUUCAUCAGCCAAUUCCCAGCCCCACUCGUUCUUCUCGCAUUGAUGCUGAUGGUUCAAAUUCCAAUAAGGGUGCUGCUGCUCGUUCUGUUAGCACGUCCUCGAGGUCGCCUGGUUCAGCAUCGUUGUAUCUUGCACCUGGUUUAGUUUCGCCCCCUCGGAGUUCAACUGGAGUGGAUUCAAUAGUCUCUAGCCCGUGGUCUAAUAGGCGAGCCUCCUCUGGAAAUAAGAUCACAUCAGAGGAAAAGCUGGAACAGUUCUUAGCUGAAGUGGAUGAAAGGAUCAAUGAAUCAGCAGGGAAGUUGUCUACCCCGCCCCCUACGGUUCCUGGUUUUGGCAUGGUGAGCCCUAAUACGGUUACAGGCUCGGCUAAUACCUCUGGAACCACAAGGCUUACGCCAUUGAGGCCAGUGAGGAUGUCUCCGGGUUCCCAAAAGUUUAACACUCCCCCUAAGAAGGGAGAGGGUGACCUUCCUCCUUCAAUGUCCAUGGAAGAAUCUAUUGAAGCUUUUGAACAUCUGGGCAUUUAUCCUCAAAUUGAACAGUGGCGUGACCGACUCAGGCAAUGGUUUUCUUCGGUCUUGCUUAGUCCUUUGCUUAGCAAGAUUGAGACAAGUCACAUUCAGGUUAUGCAAGCAGCUGCUAAACUUGGUAUUUCAAUAACAAUUUGUCAAGUGGGCAAUGAUAUUCUGUCUACCGGAAGCCCUUCUGCCUUGCCAACUAUUGAUAAGACUCAAGACUGGCAACCUGCAUUGACUCUCAAUGAAGAUGGAUUACUUCAUCAGUUACAUUCUACUCUUUUGCAGGCCAUUGAGGCUUCCAAAUGUACUUUGCUUCAUAUUAGUCCAUUAAAUGUGAUUUUCUAUCCCAAUUUGAUUAUAUUUGUUGAUAGCUUUUCAGUUCUGACAAAUUCUGCUUGGUUUAAUUUGUAUACAGCCAAAAUGCUUGUAUCUAAUAUGCAACAGUCACCACAGCAGACUUCUUUAGUUCCUAUUAUGCAGGAGUGUGUGGAUGCUAUCACUGAACACCAAAGACUUCAAUCCUUGGUUAAAGGAGAGUGGGUUAAAGGUUUGCUACCUCAAAGCAGUGUUCGUGCAGAUUACACAGUGCAAAGGAUCCGAGAGCUUGCAGAAGGAACCUGCUUGAAGAAUUAUGAGUAUCUUGGAAGUGGGGAAGUUUAUGAUAAAAAGAAUAAAAAGUGGACACUUGAGCUACCUUCUGAUUCUCACUUGCUCUUGUAUCUGUUCUGUGCUUUCUUAGAACAUCCAAAGUGGAUGUUACAUGUGGAUGCUAUGUCCUAUGCUGCAGUUCAGUCUAGCAAAAACCCCUUGUUCUUGGGAGUCCUUCCCCCAAAGGAAAGGUUUCCCGAGAAAUACAUUGCUGUAGUGUCUGCUGUCCCUUCCAUGCUGCACCCAGGAGCAUGUGUAUUAGCAGUUGGAAAGCAGGGUCCCCCAAUUUUUGCCUUGUACUGGGAUAAGAAGCUGCAGUUUUCUCUUCAGGGAAGAACAGCUCUCUGGGAUUCCAUCUUGCUUCUGUGCCACAAGAUUAAGGUUGGGUAUGGAGGUGUUAUUAGGGGGAUGCAUCUAGGUGCUUCAGCUUUAAGCAUUCUCCCAGUGAUGGAAGCAGAAUCUGAAGAAUAAGUUCUGUAUUAUUGAUUAACCAUUCUGCUUCUAUCAGCAUUCAGCAUGCUGACAUCAAUUUCUGCGAUACAUCGCAUUCCUCAUAGUUAAGACAUUUCAGGAAAGAUCUAGCUGGAGGUGAAUUCCCCCUGAUUCAAAGGGCUGAUAUGACUAUAUCCUGUAUUCUAAAAGCCUCUACGAUGCCCAGCUCAAAGAUAUCACUGUCUCUGGGUCACACUUUAUCAAAAAUCCAAUUUGAUUAGCUCAUGCCAAAAGAUUAACAGCGUUUGAAUACCCUCCUUUCCCAAAUGCAGUUUGCAAUGUAGUCAAUACUUUGGUAAAACAGCGUUUGAUUGUGGUCAGUAAAAACUAAAACAGAAACUAAGGCAGAGCAUAUUUUGUUAAUUCAUAUUUUAACGUAUUUAUGUCUAUUCUGUAUAUAAACAUGAUAUUGAUACCAUAUUUUUAUAAAACAAAUCGUUUCUUCAAAUACAACUAGAUUGUUCAUCAAUCGGUUUGAAGCCCAAAGCACCCAAUCCGAGCGCAACUGACUGGGUCAGUAUUUUGACCCAUUUGGAUCUGAAGUUAAUGGAUGGUGGAUUCUGCAAGUUUUGUGGGUGUUGAAAUGGCUUGAACCUUGCAAGUUGCAGCCAACCAAAACCAUGACGCCAUUGCAACCAACCUGGCAACACCAUCACCACACUCAAAAAUUUAGAACCACACCAAAUACACACUUCUAGCGAUGUACUUCUGAACUAUUCAUUCUGGAUUU